AUGAACGUAACAAUUUCAACUAAGAUAACUAACCUUCAGGAUCCCGAUGUGACAGCAGUGGCCCCAGGAAGAGAUACAAUCUUUCUUGCCACGUCCAAAGGUGUUAUUAAAGAAUUUGAUAGUUCUUUUCGCUUAGUGCAGUCAUUUGUGGCCUAUAGCGAACCAGAUUGGAAUAUUACCCACCUCGUAUUCCUAGAAGGUACAAGCUUGUUAAUGACAGUGGCAUCCAAGACUAAUCAUCCUUUAACAGCACAUUUAUGGAAUCUAGAUAAAAUUGACAAGCAAUCUAAUGGUCCGCAUUGCCACACGACUAUCACAGUUAUGAACGGGUCAAACACGUUUCCUCUCUCUGCUUUCUGUAUAUCAUCAGAUCAUUCAAUUUUGGGUUUUGGAUACGCUGAUGGAACUGUGAUUUUAGUUCGUGGCGAUAUAGUAAGAGACCGUGGGUCAAGACAGCGAGUUGUUUAUCGGAGUAACACGCCAGUAACAGGACUGGAAUUUUAUGAAGGUGAUGAAAAUGGAUCUGUUGUCCUGAUGAUUGCAACUGUCAGUCAAAUCCUGACGGUUCCAACUACAGGACGGAAUUCCGGAAAGCCUGAUAUUAUUCUUGACAAAAAGGGAGCUGCGCUCGGUUGUGUUACUAUGGUUAAAGGUUACAGGACGCAAAAAGAUCGUUUAGCCGUAGCAAGGGACGGUGAAAUUGCAUACUAUACACCUGUGAUGAGAGGAGCAUCAAUAGCUUUGGAUCUCCCGAAAAAAUCGAUUUAUUCAUUUGGACACUACUUCCUAGUAACUAGCAUACUGUCGGCAGACAAUUCAUCAGUAGAGGCUUCCAAUUCCUUCAGUAAUUUCGUGGGUGCAGACACAACUAGGAUAUUUAUUAUUGAUACGUUAAACAAUUUUAUUGCUUAUACUGAACAAAUGGCUGCUGGAAUAAAGUUUAUUUUCACACAAUGGGACAAAUUGCAUGUUCUUGGGUCAGAUGGAAUAUUGUAUGUGUUUAAAGAGAAGGAUAUUGAUACUAGGCUUGCUAUUCUGAAGACCAAUAAUCUAUAUGAUAUUGCUAUUGAGCUUUCAACGAAAAUGGAUUUAGAGAGAAAUAAGAUAUUAAGAUUGGAAAGAGAAUAUGCGGAUUUUCUAUAUAAGGGAGAUCAGUCUGCAGAAGCCCUUGAACAUUACAUAACAUCUAUUGAAUUGGGCCAAACAAGUGAAGUAAUUCUGAAAUAUCGUGAUUCUCAAAAAAUCGACUACCUGACCAGGUAUCUUGAAGCACUACAUAGUGAAGGAGUUGCAACUAAACAGCAUACAACACUUCUGUUCAACAGUUACGCCAAAUUGAAUAAUUUGGAAAAACUCACUCAAUUUGUUGAAGGCUCCCAAAAUAAAGAGAGUAUUGCCAUUGACUACGAAACCGCUAUUAGAAUCUGUUGUCAGGCAGGGUAUUUCACUUUGGCUGUAUACUUAGCUCAGCGUAGUGGCGAUACAGAUUUGGCUGUUCAAAUAAAGUUAAGAGACUUGAAAGAUUAUAAGGGGUGUCUAGAAUAUAUUAGAAGUCUAGAUGUCACAGAUGCAUUGCGAAUUUUAAUUCAAUUUUCAAGAGAGCUGCUGGAUACAUUUCCUGUGGAGACUACUGCGCUACUAGUUAGUUUGUUCACAGGUAAGUUCUCACCCACCGAGACUGAAUUGGAUAUUAAUGCCAGGCGGGAAAUCCAACCUCAAACAUUUGAAGGAAGUUCUGAUUCGAUCACCGCCCCGGUCUUGCAAAGCUACCGAGCUCUGGUAAACUAUAUGUCGAACGUUGGAAGUAAUGCGCCAGUUGGAUCAGACGAUGCCUCGCAUGUUAAUGGUCGUAGUAUACCAACAUAUCAACCACCACGACCAAGGCUUAUUUUUUCUUCCUUCAUAGACCACCCGAAUGAGUUUGUGAUUUUUCUAGAAGAGUGUCUUGAAUCUUAUGAUAAGUUUGAAGCAAAUGAAAAAGAUAGAGCAGACUUACUUAGCACCCUGUUUGAAAUGUACCUCACGUUAUCUCGAAAGGCUACGGACCAUGACACAAGGCAUGGGUGGGAAAGCAAGGCCCGGAGCCUCGCUAUGACAUCAAAAACCCACAUUGAUCACAACACAAUACUGCUGUUGUCACAUCUGGCAUCAUACCAUGAUGGUAAGCUACUAGCCUGGGAUGCUCGAGAAGGCUAUGAAGUCGACUUAUUUCGUGCAUGUAUUGCAUCUGGAAAUGUGCAAGAAGCGAUAGAAAUACUUCAUAAGUACGGUGAACAUGAGCAUGAGUUGUUUCCGUUAGCUCUCAACUUCUUCAUUUCCUCGCCUUCUGUACUGGAAGAGGCUGGUGAAGAGUUUGAUUAUGUUUUAAAAAAAAUAAAGGAAGAGCAAAUUAUGACACCUCUACAGGUCAUUCAAACAAUCAGUGUGAACUCGGUGGCGACAAUAGGUCAUAUCCGUCAAUACUUGGUAGAUAUUAUCGACGCUGAAAAACAGGAUAUUGAUCGGCAUACUAAGUUAGCAGAAUCAUAUAGGAGUGAGACCAGGUCCAAGCAAGAGCAAAUCUCGAAAAUUUUAAAUGAUCCCAGUAUAGUUCAAUAUACUGUUUGUGCUUCUUGCGGGUCUGCAUUAGAUCUUCCAGUGGUUCAUUUCAGUUGCAAGCAUUCAUACCAUCAAAGGUGUCUAGCGAAUAAUUUGAUAGGAAGUCGAAGUAUUGGGGGAUCUGAGGAACCUGUUUGCCCUCGGUGUCUGCCAGAACUAGAAAAUAUUAGAGCAAUAAGACGUUCACAUGAGGAUGUUGCUGAUCGAAAUGAUCUCUUUGAAAUUGCAUUACAUGGGAGCGAUAACAAAUUCAAGGUUGUCACAGACUUCAUUUCUCGUGGGGCACUGACGGGAUAA